AUGUUUGUCAUACUAUUCUUCAUCUACUUGUCGGCUAUCAAGUUGGUCCGCGGCCAAGACAUUGAGCUCGCAUACCAUGACUACCAGUCCAUGACUCAAAUGCUUCAACAGUUUAGCCAAAGUCAUCCAGAUUUGGCUCAUCUCUACUCAAUCGGAAAAUCAGUACAGGGCCGCGAUUUAUGGGUCUUAUUAUUAACAAAGGAUCCGCACGAAGAACCUCUUCUGAAGCCUAAUGUCAAAUAUGUGGCAAAUAUGCACGGAAAUGAAGCAGUCGGAAGGGAACUGAUGUUACAAUUGAUACCAUACUUAUUAAACAACUACAGAACUGAUCCGUACGUGCGAUCACUUCUGGAUAAUACAAGAAUACAUAUCAUGCCGUCCAUGAAUCCCGACGGCUUUGAAAGCUCUGUUGAGGGCCAGUGUACUGGUGGACAGGGAAGAGAGGAUUUGGUUGUUUUACUUAACGAACUAUUUUUGAGGGUAACGGGAGCUGAUUGUUGGCCGUGGACUGUCCAGUGGGCGCCAUUUGAUUCGGGGAUAGUUACUCUGGAUGUCAUUAAUCUGUUGCCGCAAUUCCUCCCAUCGGUUGAUAAGAUCUGUGACUAUUUUCAUACGAUUCCCGUCCUUAUCCGGCAUUCUUGUGGCAAUGUGCUUACCGCCGAUGUAAUCGCGGACAUUGUUUGCCAUGUGUUCGCUGAUCACAAGCAAGAGCUCCCGGUUCUCACCAGUCUUUACGCACACGGCUUGUUGUCUAUUGACACCGUUGAUGGUGUAUGUCUGAAAUGGUUGGCACUGACCCUCAAUGUCUUUGAUAUAUGCCAUCCAUGUAUUGUUCUCCGCAUUCCGCUCCACAGCAAUGACAAGACCUGCCAUUUGAAUGACUUUUUGUGUGGCGCUAAGGGAUGCGACUCGAGCUGUCAUUUCUCCCAACCCUUGCAACACAAUCUUCUGAUCGCCGGCGCUGUUGAUAUCAAUGCAGAUAUCACUGAAAUUGAAUCCAAAUCCUUUGAGUUGUUCCACUCUAAGUCUCACCUCAUCCAUAUUUACAGAUUAUAUAAUAUACGAGGGUUUGAUUUGAAUCGAAACUUCCCCGACUAUUUCAAGUCCAAUAAUAAGGCCCAACAGCCUGAGACUCAGGUCGUACGGGAAUGGAUUGAUUCCGUGCCCUUUGUAUUGUCGGCUAAUCUUCAUGGAGGAGCUCUGGUCGCCUCCUAUCCCUACGAUAACACUCCCAGUUCAAUUUUAUCUCAAUUCACAUUACACUCGAGUGAAAGUCGGACUCCAGAUAACGAUGUGUUUAAGCAUUUGGCUCAUGUAUAUUCACUCAAUCACUUAACUAUGCAUUUGGGACAUCCCUGUCCUGAUGGAAGUAAUACUGGGUUCGUGAACGGAACUACUAAUGGCGCCCAAUGGUACCCAUUGACUGGCGGAAUGCAGGACUACAACUACAUAUGGGGCUCGUGUCUGGAGAUCACUCUGGAGUUGUCGUGUUGUAAAUACCCUCCGCGACAGGAUUUGGGCCGAUACUGGCGGGAGAACAAGAGGUCACUACUCCUGUAUUUGGGUGAAGUGCACCGGGGGGUCAAAGGACUGAUCACAGACGUGAACGGAAACGCCAUAACCAGUGCUAAGCUUAAGAUCAAAGACAGAGAUAUCACUUUCAAGUGCUCAAAAAGGGGAGAGUUUUGGCGCAUAUUAUUGCCCGGGAUCUACACGUUAGAGAUAUCGGCCGAAGGAUAUCAUAGUUUAGAGCAACAGUUUAGUGUAGAAGACGGUCGCAUAACUGUCCUCAAUGUCCAGUUGACUCCCAUUGGAUUCGUAAGUAACAGAUCAUUAGUGAACUCCACUUUGAUUUCUAACAAUACUAACACUUCGGACCCAAAUGUUGUAAAUAUUGCCGAAAAUAUGAGAUUAAAGAUUGCAAAUGUGAAGAGUAGUCCCACGAAUAGAGCACCGGUAACUGAUAAGCAAGAGUACAAAUGGAUUUAUAAUAAGUCAUCGAUUGAUUGUGUGAACAAAUUGCUCUCGCACAGAACGGGCUCUUCGAGACCAUCACUACUAAACAGUCUCAGUAAUAGCCAAAGCAAUCCAAUACUGAUCUCAUCGUCGCCUACCAUCUCCUCAUCAGCUCAACCAUCGAAACUACAAUUCAUUUCACAGCCGUCUGUAGGCGUAGGUAUUCAGCGCCCGAAUCACACAUUAAGCCUAUCGUCAGACCCAUUAGCGCCGCACCAGUACUCGUGGCCGAGUUGGCCGUCCAGACGCGGUCAGGGCAACGGCGCCACUGAGUUUACGACCACUGCUCCCAUCACUAACUUAUUUAGUAGUCUUUCCAACAGAAUCAACAGUUGGGCCACCAAUUGGGGGGGUUAG